AUGGUGAGCAGUAGAGACCCGCUGCAGGUGGCUUCCUGCCUGUUGAGAUGAGCCAAUAGGAAACACUGUGAACAGGUGUUCAUGCUGAUGAAAUUGAUCUGCUCAGUGAGCUCCAACCAGAGCCAUGGGGAGUACCCGGACUGCCGGAGCGAGAGGGAUUCGGGAGGGGAGGCGUCUCUCCUGGUGUCUCCGCUGGUGGUGGCGGGGAUCGUUAUAGGUCUGGUGCUCUUCCUCUCCUGCAUCACCAUCAUCGUCGGCAGCCUGCGCAAAGACAGUCGACUCCGACACCCUCACCUCCGAGCGAGCUACGGUCUGGAUGGUUUUUCCUAUGGAGGUUCAGUAGGAGAACUGAGAUCCACCUGCUUAGAAGACUUUCCUCCCGGUUUAGACGUGGAUUCAUACAGAGAGACCCUGUCACAGGUCAACAACCUGUACCCCGACUCACCGCCACGGUACGAUGAGUGCGUCGGCCCGUGUUCGCCUCAGUUCUACAUACCUUCAGAUGACCCGCCUCCUUACUCCCUAUUGGACCCCUGUCAGAGAGGGGCGGAGCCAGAGGAGCGGCCGGACGGCGCCCGGUCCUCCCCCUCCGAGCACCAGCACGUGGCGUCCAUCUCCUUCCCGCCGGAGGCCGCGCCGCCGUACGAGUCCGUGUCGCCCGAGCGGCGGCGGCGCCUCCCCCUCGUGCCAUGUGACCUUUACAAGCACCAAUCGGAGACGGGGGACGACGGCAACGCCCGGCAACCGGGGGCCAACCAGAUCCUCUAG